UUCUUUCAUCAACCGCCCACCUUACUUGUAUUUUCAUUUUUCAGACCGUCAUAAUUUUCUUCCGUGUGAACCAACAACAAGUACUUCUACUUAUAAAGACACAUUUCCCUUGAUGCGCCAUUCUCUCUCUCCUCUCAAAACCUUUCUUUCCCUCUCUUUCACCUUUAAACCCAUUUCCUCUUUCUUUCUUCUCCGAUCUCCCUUUCUUUACUCUCUCUCCUCUCAGCGAUUCUUCUCUUCCUGCAAAUCAAGAUCAUCGUCAAUGGCGACGGCUCCUCCUCCGAGGUCAACUACACCUUCGAUCGGAGUCGUCGCCAAUGACGUCGGCAUCUCCAGGAGGUAUUGGAACAAGUUUAAGCGUGACUCUAUUUUCUCUUUAUAUACUCCAUUUGUGCUUUCUUUAGCUGCUGGUAAUCUUCAUCUUGAUUCUUUCCGGCAGUACAUCGCUCAAGAUGUUCAUUUUCUCAAAGCCUUUGUUCACGCUUAUGAAUUGUCAGAAGAAUGUGCUGACGAUGAUGAAGAUAAAAUCGCGAUUUCGGAGCUUAGGAAGCGUGCUUUGAACGAAUUGAAACUGCAUGAUUCUUAUGUACAGGAAUGGGGUGUUGAUGUUGGAAAAGAAAGCUCCCUUAACUCUGCAACUGAAAAGUACACCAAUUUUCUAUUAGCCACUGCCUCAGGCAAAGUUGAAGGAGUAAAAGGACUGGGAAAGCUUGCAACGCCUUUUGAGAAGACAAAGAUUGCAGCUUAUGCGUUGGGUGCAAUGACCCCUUGUAUGAGGCUAUAUGCUUUUCUUGGUAAGGAGAUUCAGGCUUUAGUAGAUCCAGAUGUUACUAGCCAUCCUUACCAGAAGUGGAUUGAUAGUUACUCAUCUGAAGAUUUCCAGGAAUGUGCUCUACAAAAUGAAGACUUACUUGAUAAAUUGAGUGUCUCUCUAACUGGGGAAGAACUUGAUGUAAUCGAGAAGCUUUAUAAACAGGCUAUGAAACUUGAGACAGAAUUCUUUCUGGCUCAACCACUAACACAGAAAACAGUGGCUCCCUUGUGGAAGGAUCUCAAUCCUGAAGAAUCACGUCUUAUUUUAUUCUCAGAUUUUGACUUGACUUGUACGAUUGUUGAUUCAUCUGCAAUUUUAGCUGAGAUUGCGAUUGUAACCGCCCCAAGAUCAGAUCAGGAUCCAUCUGAAAACCAAAUUGCUCGCAUGCUAUCUGUUGAUCUGAGAAAUACAUGGGGUGCUCUCUCAAAGCAAUACACAGAGGAGUACGAACAAUGCAUUGAGAAUGUUCUGGCUACCGAUAAAGGACUGGCUUUUGAUUAUGAAACACUGCUGAAAGCGCUUGAGUUACUCGCUGAUUUUGAGAAAAAAGCCAAUGCAAGGGUGAUUGACUCUGGUGUUCUGAAGGGUAUAAAUCUUGAAGACAUCAAGAAGGCUGGUGAACGCAUAAUCCUUCAGGAUGGGUGCUCUAUAUUCUUUCAGAAUGUCAUGCAGAAAGAAAAUUUGGAUGUGAAUGUUCAUGUACUUUCAUAUUGCUGGUGCGGUGAUCUAAUCAGAUCAAAAUUUUCAUCUGGGGGUUUGGAUGCAUUAAAUAUACAUGCAAAUGAGUUCAACUAUGAAGAUUCCAUUUCAACCGGUGAAAUCAUCAAAAAGGUUGAAUCUCCGGUCGACAAAGCUCAAGCAUUUGAUGAAAUAUUGACAAGUUAUGGUAAUGAUAAAAAGAAUGUUAGUGUAUAUAUAGGAGAUUCUAUUGGGGAUUUGCUUUGCUUACUAAAGGUGGAUAUAGGAAUCGUUGUGGGAUCAAGUACAAGCCUAAGGAGACUUGGAAGUCACUUUAAUGUGUCAUUUGUUCCUUUGUUUGAAGGUCUGGUAAAGAAACAGAGGGAAUGUGUGGAAGGAGGCUCAUUUAGUUGGAAGGCUGAACCUGGUGUUCUUUAUACUGCCUCCAAUUGGUCUGAAAUACACGCAUUCAUUUUGGGGUCUUAGCAUGAUUUUCUUGCUUUUAGUGGGCUAUUUAUUUUAAAUUUUUUUUUAUAUAGUGUAGGAUCUGAAGCAUCUGCCGUAUAUCAUAGAGAACAUGCAUACAAAUUUGGUGGCUUUUUUUAUCACCUGCCACAGAUGAGCUAUAUGGAUUUUUUUGCCUAAAGCAUAUUAUCAUUCUUAUUGCAGAUUUACUUUGCUAAAAGUGGUACCUAUAAAAACUUAUAUGAGUUUUCACAUCUUUGUGGAUGGUGGUUAUACCGUUACUAAUGCAUGCACGUAUAUUUUUUAAGGGUGCUACAGGAUUUUGGUGGGUUACUGGGUUAAUUUUUAAAGUGUGUCAAAAUUGAGUUCAAUUACAAGUUUGGGUAAAUGUUAGAUUAUUGAUGGGUUUUAAACCUAGUAGCACUAAACUAAAUUACUAUGUCAUCUCGAUGUAAGUUGACUUAUGUCACGCCAGCGUUUGUAGAGCUAUGCACCAUACCGAAUCAUGUUAGCUUGUGAAGCACCUUCUUGAGUUGGGCACGAUGUUUAGGUUGAGGUAUGCAUUCCUAUUUAUGGAUAUGAGUAGCCGUCUUUCUACGCCCUCCAUAUCUUGAUCUUAGUUACUCUAGACGGGAUAUAUUGAGUACGAUAAUGAUGGCUUUUUAACCAGAUAGAUUGAGAAUGCAAAUUAGGUUUAUUUUCAAGUUGGUUUGUCUUUGAUUCGGCUAGAUUUGAAUCGUUUCAAUGGGCCAAGAGUUUUUAAGUUUAUGGCGUUUAUCAGUAAAUUUUUGCCAAAAAUAUAAGAAAAUUUGAAACAAACAAGUAUUUUUAACAAAAAGAAAUAAAAAAAAUGAGCUUCUGGUAAAUUUAAUUCCAAAAAUAAGCGUCUUUAUUUUCGAGCCUAAG